AUGCCGGAAGCGGGACCGGAUUCAAAAUUGCGCGACGAAAAUGUGCUUCUCGGUUCUGGUCUGGGAAUCAUGACGGACAGUCACGAUUUUAAUGGUCCUUUGGCACCUGAAACCACAUUCGCGUAAGUGCCUAAGGACACGGAGUCCUCUUUUGAACUCAGGCUAAUCUGCCUGUAUGACGCAUGCUUUUCUUAGUUGAAUGAUGCAGAUUGGUUCAAAGCAGAAGUAUUGUGGGUGUAGAAUAUAGACCGCAUUUUAAGAGCAUUUGGAAAAUUUUCUCCUGAGGUUUCCUCGUGUAAGUUUAUUUCUUCAUAUUCCUUUUCAUUAAAAAAUAUAUUUUUCAAAAUUUGGACGGAAAACUGACAUUUAAUUAAAAAGCCUGCAUUAGUUCCUGAAAAGAAUGGCUUAAACGAGACAUUAACCUCCAAAAAUUUUAGUAUGCAGAGAAUUAGUCUUUUUUCAGGAUUUACCUUCCUUAGCGCAGUCUUGACCGUCGAAAUAGUGACUGAGUUGGUUUACAUGUCAGAGAUUUUUCCAGUAUUUAUUUGCUCUUCAAAAACAAAAAUUUAAUUUACACACACGGUCGCGCUGACCAUAUAAAACGAUAAUAACUUUAUUCGCCAACAAAGACAACUGGCAUCCCUGUUUUAUUCGAUAUUUCAGGAUCCAGUUGCGAGUUUAUACAGAUUUGGGCUUCGGGACUACGGCUUGGACAAUACGAAAGACCGAAGGUAGUUAACUUAUAAAGAAACAGGUUGUUUUAAUUCAUGAUCAGCUGGAUUUGCCACUCUAAGCUAUGAGAAGUGCGAAUGUGGACAGAAUGCGACGGCUUCGGUAUGAAUUAUAGCAUUCAUAAUAUGGGAUCAACUAAGGAUGGAUGUGCGUAGUAUAGUACGUGAAAGGGAUUAGAGCAUUUGUAUUCCUGCAAGGAUCAGUAAGUAUAAAGUUGUCCUAUGGCCUACCAACCACUUAGCUUUUUGCGCUAGCUGUUGCCAACUUCAUUAAGAUUUUUUGUUCGACUUCAGGCAAAGAAACAGGUUUGAAGGCCAGCGGAGGUCUAUUUGCCGUGUCUGUAAUCUUCGCGGUACUUUGCGCGGUUUUGAUUAGUCUCCUCACUACUCUGCUUUCAAGCCUUCGCAGUGUGGAGCUUCAACUGGCAAAACGACCGACAGAUGAUUCGGACGAUAAGUAAGCAAUUUACCAAAAGUCCCCCGUGUAAUUAAAAAUACGAACUUCACAUUGUUUUUGCGAAAUGUCAAAAAGAUGUCUGGUCUAUCAUAACGAGUGUGAUAGAAGAGAAGGAGUGCGGGUUCGGGAAACAAGCAAGUUAUUCUAUGUUGGCGGAGAAAGCGAAUAUCAUAAAUCAUCAGCUCUCACCUAUUUAUUGGAAUUCUAGCCGUUCUCGAAACUUCCGGUCGAUGAAGUGACAACCAGGGUAGAAUUCUGGAAUACUAUGGACUAUGGCGCGCCGCACGAUGAUUGGCCACUUACCAGGCUGGAAGCCCCUCACGGAGUCUUCUCGAAUAUUUGGGUCGCGCACGCGGGCAAGGGCUUCACCCGCUUUUGACGCAAUGGCUAACGCUGAUUGGCUGACUGGUCUUAAGCGUGUAUUUCCCACUCAGUUGGCCUACUGCGACGCGCGUGGUCACGUGUUCGUUUCGCUUGAGACCGCGAUUCCAUUGUAAUUUGCGUCUCCGUAACAAUGCCCAGGCAGACUAUUCAUGAAGUCUCAAACACAGAGCGCAUUUGAAAUUCGUGUUUGGUUUAACUACAAUUAUAAAAACAACAAAAUCCAAAACGACGAUUUGUAUGUCUGGGAUUUCUUAGUUCCACUUUUCAGAAGAAGAAGAUGUGAUCACUCGAAUAAGACGUUUAGUGACCUGACGUUUCGGAUUCCCACUCAGACUCAUCAUCGGAGGCAGUAGCAAAUAAAGGUAGUAGACUGCCUCUGAUGACGUGUUCGAGGUAGAGUCCGAAACGUCAAGCUAAUAAAAUUCUUGUUCCAGUGAUCGUAUCUUCUUCUUCUUUUUCUUAUUUUGAACUGCUUCCUGAAACUCGCCUGCUCGAUACUAUUGGCAGAUCCACUUUUAUUUGCUCACUAACCACAUGAGUCAGGCAAUCCCGUAAUAUAUCUCUAUCUACACAGGUUGCAAAACAGUCGACAAUGUCUUGUCUUCGCAAAUUGAUUUUGCUAGUUUGUGGGCGGUGGAUUCUCCGCUGUGCUAUCGACCGGGGAUGCUUUGGCGAAAGAGAUCAACUGUUGUUCUACUUACAGGUAGACCAAAGAUAUGAUCAUUGAUGGAAUGAAUAUAUAAAGGCAAAAGAGCACAUGCGAACGAAGUGAUCUUAAACGCACACAAGUCAAACCUCAGUGAACAUAGACGAAAUACUCAUUAUUUAGGCUGCAACACAUUUGCCCCGGCAAAAUACAUCGUGCCCAAUAAACCAAGGAACAUGUCAGUCACUGUAACUAGCAUUUUAUAAAAUGAAAUUGGUGGUCAAGGCUUUCGAAUCGUUAACUUAACUUGACUUUUAUGUGUUCGUUUCAGGAUGUUUCAAGUAAACAAAUUUUGCCCUGACAUCUGCAACAAUUAUUCCUUUUUAGGGCGAGCGAACUUUAA